AUGAAAAGGAGUUCACAAAUAAUAAUUUUUUUAUUAUUAUCAUUAGUUUGCAAGUUUAGCAUUGGCAUUUGUAAAGAAAAUGGAAACGGAAAUAUAAAUAAAUCCAAUAAUAAUAGAGUAAUAAAAAAAGAAAGAAAAAGAAAAGCUAAAAGUAAUGCUAAUAAAAAUGAACCAGAAAAUAAGGAACAUGAAAUUAUUAAUUUAUAUGAUGAUGUACAAGAAUUGUUAGGAAAUGAGCGAAUGAGCAUGUUAGAUAAAUAUUCAAUAUUAGGAAUUGAUGAUUGUUCUAACGAAAGUGAAAAUAAUAAAAUAAUUGGAGAAUAUGAUCUUAAAGCUAUGAAAAGUGUAUUAUUAUAUAAAAACCGAAUAUCAAAAGUAUCUUUAGAAAAUUUAUAUGAUGUUAAAACUGUAUUUAAAAGAUGUUUUAAUAAAGAUGAUCCUGAAUUAAGCAAAAGUUAUGAACAUCUUCAAGAUCAAGCAGCUAUCGAGGGAACAACUAUAAUAGAUUAUUUAUCAAAUUAUAUUUUAAAUGUUUAUGUUAAAAUGAAUGAUGAAUUUAUAAAAAAUGAUGGAUUUAAAUUAUCAAAAUAUAUUCCUGAACUCGAAAUAAUUAAUUAUGCACUUUAUAAUGGACCUAAAGAAUUAGAAAACAGAAUAAAAAGUGGAUUAAAUGAAAUAAAUAAUAUAAUUAUAUCUGAAUCUCUUACCUCAAUAUACAGUUCAGUUGUUUCAGGAUUAAAUAUAAAUUGUAAAAUUAAAGAUGAUUUGAUAACUAUACUUAAUUUGUCAGAUGGUAAAUAUUUUAAAGUAGAUUUUAGUAGUCAAGCUACAAUGAUUGUUCCAGGGCAAUAUUCUCAUGAGCAUGGAAAUAUGAAAAAAAUUUCAGAAUAUUUUAUUGAAAAAAAUCGAAUUUGUAAAAAUGAGAAAUGCCCAAUAAACUCAAAUUGUUAUGUUAUUGAUAAUGUAGAAACCUGCAGAUGUAUUCCAGGAUUUUCUAAAAAUAAAGAAAGCGAGAGUUUGAAAUGUGACAUAGAUGAAUCUACUUCUUGUGAAAAUAACAAUGGCGGAUGUGAUGUAAAUGCAACUUGCUUAUUGCUAGAAGAUAAAAUCAUGUGUGAAUGUAAUAAUAAAUAUAAUGGAGAUGGUAUAUAUUGUUCAAAUGCCAUUUAUUACGGAAUGAAUGUUUUUGUUUUCUUUUUAAUUUCAAUAGUAUGCAUAUAUAUAAUGUAA